AUGACAGCACGAAUGGACUUCACAGACCGCGCACAAAAGGCCGUGGAAGACGCCAUGGCCUUGGCUGAACAAUACGCACACUCACAACUGGUGCCCGUUCACCUCGCCGUCUCACUACUCGAACCCCCCGUCGAUCAAUCCAAGGAUCAACAGAAUGCCCCUCCCGGCGCCAUCGCGACAUUGUUUCGCCAAGUUAUCGAGAGAGCCCAUGGCGACCCUCAACUCUUUGACCGAGCUCUCAAGAAGACGUUGGUUCGUCUGCCGAGCCAAGAUCCACCCCCAGAGCAGGUCUCUCUCUCGCCGCAGUUCCAUGCUGUCUUACGCAAGGCCAUGGAGCUGCAAAAGGUCCAGAAAGACACCUACAUUGGUGUUGACCACCUCAUCACAGCCCUCUCUGAGGAGCCCACCAUCCAAGCGACGCUCCGCGAGGCCAAUAUACCGAAGCCAAAGUUAAUCCAAGACGCCGUCCAGGCUAUCCGCGGAACAAAACGAGUCGACAGCAAAACUGCCGAUACGGAACAAGAAAACGAAAAUUUGGCAAAAUUUACCAUCGAUAUGACGGCAAUGGCCCGCGACAAGAAGGUCGAUCCGGUCAUUGGCCGAGAAGAGGAAAUUCGCAGAGUCAUCCGCAUCCUGUCUCGCCGUACCAAGAACAACCCUGUCCUUAUUGGUGAACCGGGUGUAGGAAAGACGACUGUGGUAGAAGGCUUGGCCCAGCGAAUUGUCAUUCGCGACGUUCCCGACAACUUGAAGAGCUGCAGACUGCUCUCCCUCGAUGUUGGAGCGCUCGUUGCCGGCUCCAAGUUCCGUGGUGAAUUCGAAGAGAGAAUGAAGGGUGUCUUGAAAGAAAUCGAGUCAUCGAAGGAAAUGAUUGUUCUUUUUGUUGACGAAAUUCAUCUUCUCAUGGGUGCUGGCUCAUCUGGCGAGGGCGGAAUGGAUGCUGCCAAUCUUCUCAAGCCCAUGUUGGCUCGUGGUCAGUUGCACUGCAUUGGUGCUACCACCCUUGCCGAGUACCGAAAGUACGUUGAAAAGGAUGCCGCCUUUGAACGUCGCUUCCAGCAAGUUCUUGUCAAGGAGCCUACCAUCCCUGAGACUAUUUCCAUCCUUCGUGGUCUCAAGGAGAAAUACGAUCGUCACCACCGCGUCACAAUCAAAGACAAUGCGCUGGUCGCCGCCGCCAACUUGGCCGCCAGGUACCUCACCAACCGCAGACUGCCCGAUUCGGCCAUUGAUCUGGUCGAUGAGGCUGCUGCUGCAGUGCAAGUCGCACGCGAAUCCCGACCCGAAAUCAUUGACUCCAACGAACGCAAGCUCAGCCAGCUCAUGAUUGAAAUCGCCGCUCUUGAGAAGGAGCACGAUGAAGGAUCGCAGAGUCGUCUCAUGCAGGCAAGGAAAGAGGCCAAGAAUGUCGAGGAGGAACUCGAACCUCUCCGCGAAAAGUAUCAAAACGAACUCAGGCGGAGCGAGGACAUCCACAACGCCAAGGUCAAACUCGACGACUUGGAGAAGCGCUUAGAAGAUGCUAUGAACAACGGAGAGCAUGCCAAGGCCGCCGAUCUCAAGUACGGAGCCAUCCCCGAUCAACAGGACGUCAUCAAGCGACUCGAGGUUAAGAAGGCCGCCGCCGACGCCGCUCUCAACGAAUCCAACACGGACGCCGGGGGCUCCAUGGUCACCGACACAGUGGAAGCUGACCAAAUCAACGAAAUUGUCGCGCGCUGGACUGGCAUUCCCGUGACCCGACUGCGCACGUCUGAAAAGGAGAAGCUCAUCCACAUGGAACGGGCGCUGAGCAAGGUAGUUGUUGGCCAAAGGGAAGCCGUCAAGUCGGUUGCCAACGCCAUCCGGCUGCAGCGCUCCGGCCUUUCCAACCCCAACCAGCCUCCCAGUUUCCUUUUCUGCGGGCCCUCGGGCACCGGCAAGACGCUUCUUACCAAGGCACUCGCCGAGUUCCUCUUUGACGACAGCCGUGCCAUGAUCCGCUUCGACAUGUCUGAGUAUCAGGAGCGACACGCGCUCAGCCGCAUGAUUGGCGCGCCGCCCGGCUACGUCGGCCACGACGCGGGCGGGCAGCUGACCGAGGCGCUCCGCCGCAAGCCCUUUUCCAUUCUCCUCUUUGACGAGGUGGAAAAGGCGGCCAAGGAGGUUCUCACCGUCAUGCUGCAGCUCAUGGACGACGGGCGCAUCACCGACGGCCAGGGCCGCGUGGUGGACGCCAAGAACUGCAUCGUCGUCAUGACGUCCAACCUGGGCGCCGAGUACCUCACCCGGCCGGGUACUAAGGAGGGCAAGGUAGACUCUGCCACCAAGGAGCUGGUCAUGGGUUCGCUGCGUAACUACUUUCUCCCCGAGUUCCUUAACCGCAUCAACUCGGUCGUCAUCUUCAACCGCCUCACCCGCAAGGAGAUUCGCAACAUUGUCGACGUGCGCCUCAUGGAGAUUCAGAAGCGCUUGCACGAUAAUGGGCGAAAUGUCACCAUUGAAGUCUCGGACGAGGCCAAGGACUACCUCGCCAAUGCUGGUUACUCGCCCGCCUACGGUGCCCGCCCGCUCGCGCGUCUCAUUGAGCAAGAGGUCCUUAACAAGCUCGCCAUCCUCAUACUCCGCAACAAUAUCCGCGACAAGGAGACGGCGCGGGUCGAGCUCGAAGACGGUAGGAUCGUGGUUCUCGCGAACCAUCAUGACAGUGAUCCUGAUGAGGAUGAGGAGAUGGUUGACGAGGAGGACGCCGUCGAUGAGCUCGACAUGGACGAUGGGGAUUUUUACGACUAG